AUGUCCAACGAGAUCAACCCUUUCACUCCCGUUCCACCCCCGCCCACCGCGCUUGGCCGCUACCGUACGCUGGGCGCGCGCGCCGGUGUCCGUGUGUCGCCGCUCUGCUUGGGUGCGAUGUCUAUCGGCGAUGCCUGGGCCAACUUCGGUAUGGGCGCCAUGGACAAGGAAAGCAGCUUCAAGCUUCUCGAUGCAUUCUACGCGGCAGGAGGUAACUUCAUUGACACGGCCAACAACUAUCAGCAAGAAACGUCGGAGAAGUUUAUCGGCGAGUGGAUGGAGUCGCGGGGCAAUCGCGACGAGAUGGUCAUCGCUACCAAGUACACGACGCCGUACAAGCGCACGGACGAGUCCGUCCAGAUCAAGGUCAACUAUGGCGGUAACAACAUUAAAAGCAUGCAUGUAUCCGUGGAGCAGUCCCUGCAGAAGCUGCGUACCUCGUACAUUGACAUUCUAUACGUUCAUUGGUGGGACUGGGGAACCAGCAUCGAAGAAGUCAUGAACGCCUUGCACAAUCUUGUUGCCUCGGGCAAAGUUCUUUACCUUGGAAUCUCCGAUACACCCGCUUGGGUCGUCUCGCAAGCGAACCAGUAUGCAGUGGACCACGGAAAGACGCCCUUCGUCAUCUAUCAAGGUCGUUGGAACGUGCUUCUGCGCGACUUCGAGCGCGAAAUCAUCCCUAUGGCUCGUCAGUGGGGACUUGCUUUGGCUCCGUGGGAUGUGCUUGCCGGCGGCAAGAUUCGCACCGACGCGGAAGAGGAGGCCCGCCGCAAGACUGGCGAGCAAGGUCGUCAGAUCUUCGGGCAAGGUUGGGAGCGCAAUGAAGAGCAGAAGAAGAUGGCUGCCGAACUCGAGAAGAUUGCAGCGGACGUCGGCGCAAAGAGUAUCCAAUCUGUUGCCAUUGCCUAUCUCAUGCAGAAGACACCUUACGUCUUCCCGAUGAUAGGUGGACGGAAGGUUGAACAUCUUCACGCCAACAUCGAGGCGCUCGAGGUCUCUCUCACUCCGGAGCAUGUAAAGCAGAUCGAGUCUGUCACGACGUUCGAAGUCGGGUUCCCGACGGACUUCAUCGGACGUGAUGAAGAUCCUUCUGACUUCUUCCUCCUGGCGAUGGGCGGUAACACCGAUCGCUGGCCACUCCGUCAACCCAUUCACCCCAAGAAAGCGUAG